UCAUUAGUCAACUUUCUGAUUAGACAGCGCAGUCUGCAACAACCAUGCUCUUCACAGAAGCUGAAUGUUUGUUCUGGGUUUUUGUUCUCUGUCUCUCAGGUGUUCAGGGACAAACAAACAGCAUCUGUGCCUUGAAAGGUUCAUCAGUAAAUCUGUCCUGCUCACAUCAACAUCCAACUUCAAGCAUGAACUGGUACAGUGUACACAGGGGGGGCUUGAAGAUUGAGACCUCUGCAGAUGGAAAGUACAGCAUGUCAGCAGAGAGUAACUUGACUCUGACAGUCAACAAUCUAGCAGAGAAUGAUGCAAACAUUUACUGCUGCAGAGAACCUGCUGACAAAUCAGACUGCGGCCAAAGGGGAAUUUCUCUCAGUGUUGCAGAGCUGCAGGUAAAGGUGAUUCCUGCCACAGAGGGACAGACAGUAACACUGAUGUGCAGCAGCAGCUGUCCUCUGACUGAAAAGCCUGCAGCCUACAUCUGGUACAAGAACAGAGAGUUUCUCUAUGAGGACUGGUCUCCCUGGUACCAAGAGCUGCUCAGCAGUGAGGAAGCAGUCACAUACUCCUGUGCUGUCAAAGGCUACGAGGCUCUCAGAGCCCCUGAAGUCUCUGUGGAUUUCAUCACAUCAGCAUGCUUCAGUGUGACCUAUGCUAAAAGGGAAAUGUGUCGUUAUGAGCAGGCAUCAGAAGAUGAGCCUUAUUCCAUCACUUAUCCCAGAGGUGAACACACAAACACAUCUUCUUACUGA